CACGAAAACCGACCGACGAUUCCCGACCAGUUAGAACGGUAGCGAGUUCAGAAGCAGUCGUCAGCUUGGCUCCUAUUUGUUGUGUCCUUUUUUUAGAUCAUUCUCACUGAUAUCGCCCAUCAAACCGUCAAAAAGAUCACAGAUAUAAUCACAUUCACACACACUUCCCCUUAAUCCUUCAUUUUUCCUUCUUCUUCCUUUCUUUCUUUCCGAGAAAUCCAAAAUCUUGACACUUUCUUUUUGUUUGUGGUAUAAUAAUUGCUUUAGUGGAAAAAGAUCUCCCCCCAGAAAACUCUUCAAUCCUAUCGCCUCGUGUCAUCGACUAAAUAUCUUCCUUUUCCUCAUUUUUUUUUUCUUUCUUUUAUCCUUUUUGGCUUGUUCCUCACUUAAAUCCGUCCGUCAUUGUUUGACUUGUGCUCUCCCUCCAUCCAGUGAUCGAUCGAUAUAGCAUAAGCGGGUUGUGUACACCUUCUUUCGCAUUAGGACCAGUUAACGAAGUCAUUUCGGGUGGGGGACAUUUGAAUUUCGAUGAACUGCGCAACAUAUCCGUGGAUGAAAUUGGCUCAUAGUGUCACCAUUCCGUGCGUGAGUCAGAUGCUGUCGUCGAAUGUCGCUACUGUAGGAGGCGGUGGAGAACAUGAUUCAAUUGGAAAGUCAACUGACUCGAGUGACGGCAAGUCAGAAACGAAUCAGGGCAGUGGUCCCGACGGCCAACUCAAUCGCAGUUUAAGCUUUGACGGAAGGCGAAAAGUUUGGGCCAGAGUUGAGGCCCACUGGGCACGGGUCACCCUCGAUCGUUCAGUUCCUUCCGGCACGGCCAACUCGGCCGACAAACACGAUCCUCAGGGAGCUAUUGGUGAACAACCAUUUUAUCAGCGCAUUCGAUCCUGGUUGACAAACAAUCCUCAAACGCAAACUUAUCAACAAAGUCCAGUCAUGACGAAAAUUGAAAAUGUGCGGAUGCUGGACCGCUAUAACAACAGGAAACCAUCGACUGGCACCUUAUACUUGACUGCCACUCAUCUGAUAUUCGUCGAUCCGGAUGCGAAGAAGGAAACUUGGGUUCUACUGAUGCAUGUAGCGACCGUGCAAAAGCUGCCUUUAUCGACCGUUGGUGCACCCCUGCAGAUCCGAUGCAAGACAUUUUUGUCAGUGACUUUCGUGUUGCCUCGCGAACGGGAAUGCCACGACCUCUAUACAAGCCUCAUGCAAAUGUCCCAGCCAUUCCAUAUAGAAGAUCUUUAUUGCUUUCAUUACACCUCGAGUUUGGAAGAAAUCCCCCGGACGGCUGGAUGGACUUUUUUCGAUCUGGAAACUGAAUUCCAGCGAAUGGGCGUUCCUAAUUCCAACUGGACCAUGACCAAUCUGAACAAAGACUAUCAGUUGUGUGACACUUAUCCGCAAUGCCUGUUCGUUCCAUCUUCUGUAUCGACAAUCGUUUUGGUUGGUAGCGCCAGUUUUCGCAGUAAAGGACGUCUUCCCGUUUUGACUUAUUUACAUAAAAAUCAGGCGGCCCUGUGCCGGUGCAGUCAACCUCUUUCUGGAUUCAGCGCACGUUGCGUCGAAGAUGAGCAACUCUUGAAUGGUAUAGUUCAGGCCAAUCCCAAUGCCAAGUUCAUGUACGUUGUGGAUACGAGACCAAGAAUAAACGCGAUGGCCAACAGAGCCGCUGGCAAAGGUUAUGAAAAUGAGAAUUUCUACGAGAACAUCAAAUUCCAGUUUUGUGGCAUUGAGAAUAUUCAUGUCAUGCGAAGCAGUUUGUCUAAGCUGCUGGAAGCCUGUGAACUUAAAACUCCGUCCAUGGCCGCCUUUAUCAAUGGUGUCCAGUCGAGCGGCUGGCUCCGCCAUAUCCACGCUAUUUUAGACACUUCCCUGCUGGUCGCACGAAGUUUAAAGGAAGGUGUCAACGUACUCGUCCAUUGCUCAGAUGGAUGGGACAGAACAGCCCAAGUGUGCUCUCUCGCCCAGGUGCUACUGGAUCCUUAUUACCGCACUUUGCAGGGCUUUCAAUCGCUGAUUGAAAAGGAUUGGCUUUCAUUCGGUCAUAAAUUCACCGAUAGAUGUGGUUACCUCCAAAGUGAUGCUAAAGAAACGUCACCUGUCUUCACUCAGUUGGUCGACUGCAUGUGGCAACUCCAACGAGCCCAUCCGUCAGCCUUCCAGUUCAGUGAGCGUCUCUUACUCCACUUACACGAUCACGUGUAUUCCAGUCAGUAUGGCACGUUCGUCGGCAAUUGCGAAAAGGAUCGACUCGAUUUGAAACUGUCAGAUAGGACCUACUCUCUAUGGGGUAACAUUGCCUCCCACCUGGAUGAGUUCCUCAAUCCUCUGUACCAAAGUGAUGCCUACACCGAACUGCUGGAGCCUAAUCUAGUGCCAUCCAACAUUCUGUUUUGGAGAGGACUCUACUGUCGUUUUGAAAGUGGAGUUCAUCCAAGGGAGUCCAUUGCGGAUGUCUUACUCGCCACCAGGGACCAUUCCACUUCAUUGGAAAUGCACAUUGCCCACCUGCAAAAGCGUAUCACUGCUAUGAAAACGUUGCUUGACGUAUCGACGCCAGUGACGGAUAACCGACUAGCAGUGGAUGAUGAAGACGAUGAGCAACAACUCGGUCUUCGUUUGAAGAAGAGCAUGCAAGUGGUGGAUGAUCACCCAUUAUCGACGUCGAAAUCAGCUGAUUCCGUCUUCUCUGAUGGGCCCAAUAUUGAGAACUCAAUCACGUCAUCGUAUCAGCUGCGCCGUGAAAUCGAUUCCGUCUGCAUCGACUGGCGUAGCCUGCGCAAUAUCAAAGAGUGCGUCUGCUCCACACCGUUCGAUCAUUCCAGCAAGAAAUCACACUGUUGGCGAUGCGGGGAAGUGUUUUGUACAAGAUGUCUGGACAAGCAAACUCCCCUACCGGGCCACGCUACUCAUCGGCCGGUGCCUGUCUGCCGGGCAUGUUAUAGAGAAGUUCGACUUUCAUCAUCAUCCAUCACUUCCACUUAAGUGGAUACGCGAAGAAAAGAAGGUUUGGGGUGAAAAGAAGAACAGCGAGAGAAAGGAAAAAAAGGUCGAUAUUAUUAGCAAUAGUCAACUUUUCUUUUCUACGUUUUCCCUCUUGUUGUUUGCCUUUUUGGCGCGGAUUUGUUUCUAGAUGAAACGCCGAUCAAUUUCAUUUACUUCCGUCUGUAUUUCCGCUAUUUUAAGGAGAGAUCUUUAUUCGUUUAUCUUUAUUUAGAUCAUUUGUUUUUCAAUUGAAAAAACAAUCCUUGCGUGUACAUAUACCGCUGUGCACUUGAUGUUUUUAUCGUCAGCUUAAAACAAACAAACUCUCUACUUCUAUAAUAGUGCGUGUUGAUAAUGGAGGGGAAAUCUCCAUCCGAAAAAUAUAUGAAAAAUUAACAAAA